CAAGAAAAUCAAACUAAACGAUUGCAUUAUUAAAAUAUCAAACUACUACUAUUCCACUCAGUCAGUAAACACACCUAACACACGCUUAAUCUCGCUCUCGUUCCGGUAGUAUUGGACGGAAAGUCUCACCGAUGCACCUUCUCUUCCCUUUCUCCGAUUGGUCUUGGUGGAACCGUUUCACCGAUUCCACUCUCUCCCAUAUUCCAUUCUUCUACGCUCUAUGCGCUGCUUACUCUCUCAUCUCCUUCAUCGCUCUCAUUCAACUCAUCAGAAUUGAGCUUAGAGUACCGGAAUACGGUUGGACUACGCAGAAGAUUUUUCAUCUAUUUAACUUCAUUGUUAGCGGAGUACGUGCUCUAGUGUUUGGAUUUCACGCUCGGAUUUUUUUCUUGCAUCCGAAGGUCUUGACUUUGGUGCUCUUAGAUCUACCGGGGCUUGUAUUUUUCUCAACAUACACACUUCUUGUCCUUUUCUGGGCUGAAAUUUAUCACCAGGCGAGGAGUUUACCAACUGAUAAGCUCAGGAUAGUUUACAUCUCUGUAAAUGGUGUCAUGUAUUUUAUCCAGGUUGGUAUUUGGAUUUACCUCUGGAUAUAUUACAAUGAUGUCGUCGACUUCAUUGGGAAGAUAUUUAUUGGAGGUCUGUCAUUUGUGGUUGCAAUUGGCUUCCUAAUAUUUGGAGGAAGAUUAUUUUUCAUGCUGAAGCGUUUCCCAAUUGAAUCUAAGGGGAGGAGAAAGAAGCUUCAAGAGGUUGGGUUUGUCACAGCCAUAUGUUUCAGCUGUUUUCUGAUAAGAUGUGUGAUGGUUCUUGUAUCUGCAUUUGAUUCCGAUGCAUCUCUUGAUGUUAUGGACCAUCCAAUUUUGGACUUCAUCUACUACAUGGUGGUUGAGAUCCUUCCUUCAGCUUUAGUCCUCUUCAUACUGCGCAAAUUGCCGCCAAAGAGAAUAUCAGCUCAAUAUCACCUUAUCCGUUAACUGCAAAGCAUUUUGGAUCUUACUGUAUUCUUUCACCAAUUGGUUAUGACUUUAAUGCACUGCAGUUAAUGGUGUUCUUCUGCUCUUGCCCAUCAAGUAUAUUCUCAUGCAGCAGUUCUUUACAUGUGUGAUAAUCAGCAGUUGCUGCUCGGGUAGAGUAAUCUGUAACCUUCUUUUUUGAUUUGUGUGUCAUCAAGAUUGUGACUUUCACUCCAUGUAAGUAAACCGAGGAUUGAGGGAAGUUCAUUGAGGGGACUAAACAAAUAGAAAUUUUUAUGACGUUUAGAGAUGUAGGCUUGCCAUGAUAUGUAUUUAUUCUUUCCAUAUUCAAUACUUCAUGGGAUUUCUGUUAUUCAACUCUGAAUUAAUAUACACCUGGUUUGAGUGAAAA